UCAGUUCAGUUCAAGUAUCAAUAAGCACACACACAAAAUUAAACCAUAACUCUCAAUAUUCUUAAUUUCUUAUAGAGCAUUUUCCACAUUACAUAGUCGGGAACAUACCUAGAAGUUAAAAAAUGGCAAGGGUUGUUGAAACUCUAUUCUUGGUUAUGUCAUGCAUCUUAUGCAGUGUUUUGUUAGGCUUUUCCGAUGCAGCUCCAACUUCUACAUACAAUGUGGUCAAGUUUGGGGCAAAACCGGAUGGAAAAACUGACUCCACUGAACCAUUCAUAAAGUCUUGGCAAUCAGCAUGUACUAGUCUCAAUCCUGCCACUAUUUUUGUGCCUAAAGGGAGGUACUUGCUGAAAAACACUAAUUUUCGAGGUCCAUGCAAGAGGAAGGUCACAUUCCUCAUAGCUGGGACUCUUGUGGCUUCUGAAGAUUACCAUGCACUAGGAAAUUCUGGAUUUUGGAUUUUGUUCAAUCAUGUGGAUAAUCUCGUUGUUUCUGGUGGGAGAUUGGAUGCUAAAGGGGCUGGUUUCUGGAAUUGCAGGAGAUCUGGAAAGAGUUGCCCCGUUGGAGCAAGGUCAAUGACAUUCAACUGGGUGAAUAACUUGGUGGUUAGUGGCAUAACUUCAAUCAACAGCCAGCUAAGUCACAUUGUGAUCAACGCUUGCAACAAUGUUCUUGUUAAAAAUGUGAGGCUUAUUGCACCAGACCAGAGCCCUAACACCGAUGGCAUUCAUGUUGAACGCUCAACUGGGGUUACCAUUAAUGGGUGUACCUUGCAAACUGGUGAUGACUGCAUAUCCAUUGGUGAUGCCACCUACAACAUCUUCAUGUCCCACAUAAAAUGUGGUCCUGGUCAUGGCGUAAGCAUUGGAAGUUUGGGGCAAAAACUGGACGAAAAAGGAGUAGAAAAUGUGACUCUGACGAAUGCCAUCUUCUCUGGCUCGGAUAAUGGGGUGAGGAUAAAGACAUGGGCCAGACCAAGCAACGGGUUCGUUAGGAAUGUUCUGUUCCAAAACAUUAUAAUGGACAAUGUUGAGAAUCCCAUCAUCAUAGAUCAGAACUACUGCCCCAACAAUCAAGGUUGUCCUGGCCAGACUUCAGGAAUUAAGAUCAGCCAAAUUACAUAUUUGAACAUAAAUGGAAGUUCAGCAACACCAGAGGCAGUAACAUUUGAUUGCAGCCCAAGUAAUCCAUGUCAAGGGAUCAAAUUGCAUGAUGUAAACCUAACCUACAAGAACAAAGCUGCAACGUCAUCAUGUAAGAACAUUGAUGGGACGAGCACCGGAACACUGGCGCCAGAAAGUUGUUUUUAAUAUAUAUAUAUAUAUAUAUAUAUAUAUAUAUAUAUAUAUAUAUAUAUAUAUAUUACGUACAUAUAAAUUUUUAUAUAGGUCUCUGUCUAUAUCCUAUUUUCUUCAAGAUGAAGCAGAAUCUGCCUCAGUGCGUUGCACCACAUGUUAUGCUAGUAUUGUUUAAUGGUUUACAUGAUUGCGUGUAAAGAUAAAUCCAACUAGUUCAAUCUUCUGUCUUUUAAAAUUUUAUGAGAAUACUCCAUGUUGUACAUAUAUUAUAAUGCAACAAAAUUUAUUUCUGCA